GUUGUCUAGAGCUGUGUUAUGUGUGCGAGUUUUGCGAUUUUGAACCGAAUUCAAAGUUAUUGAACUCGCCCUGACAUCAUCAAUAAAGUUGAAUCAAGAUAGAUGAUUGCUAAUUAAGCACUACUUUUUCAACGGCUAUUUUAUGGAAUUGCAUAUGACAGGCGAGUCAUAAAAUGAUAUUUAUACGAUAAAUCAACUUUUUUUUUCACUAUUAAAUUAAACCACAUUAAGUUUUACCAAAUGGAUAUGGAUAAACAUUUAUAAAAAUAAGAAUUUCGAUCAUGAAUUUGAGAAUUCUCUGGUGAUUAAAAUAUUGCUAUCAAAGGUUUGAAAAGAUACAAUGUUUUAUCCUACUGUUAAUCACAGUCAUUUAUGAUGGCCUCAUUAAAAUAUUGGUACAUAUUUUUAUUAAUUGGAACGAUUCAAUUCAAAACAAUUAAUUCUUUGCAAGCAUGUAAACCAAAAAUUGCAAUCAUUGGAGCUGGAAUAGGUGGAUCCUCAGCAGCACAUUUUUUAACUAAACCCUUCAGAAAUGCAGAAAUUCAUGUAUUUGAAAAAAAUGUUGUUGGGGGACGUUUGUCGCUUGUCAAAUUUGGAAAUGAAGAAUUUGAAGCUGGAGGAGCAAUCAUUCAUCCUCGUAAUAAAUACAUGCAAGAAUUUGUUAAACUUUUAAACUUAUCUGCUCGACCCCCUGCCUCUGUUGGUGGAAGGUUUGGAAUAUGGAAUGGCAAAGAAUUAGUUUUCGAAGAAAGUAGUUGGGAUACAGUGACAAUGUUAAAACUAAUUUAUAGAUAUGGAUUUGAUCCCAUAUAUCUUUAUAGAUAUAUAAAUAAUAUAUUAGAUGAUUUUGAAAGAAUUUAUGAUUUUCAAAAUAAAGGUAUAGGUUUUGACAAUGUAACUGCAUUAGUACAAGCUAUGAAUCCAGAUUUUAUUAAUUUACUUCAAACGCCAAUGGAAAAACAUUUGACUGACUUGGGAUAUUCAUCAAAACUAAUUAAAGAACUAGUAGAAGCAACUCUUGUUGUUAAUUAUGGACAAGACAUCGAUGUGCAUUCUUUUGUAGCAUCUGUUUCUAUAGCAGGAGCAGGGUUUGAUUUGUGGUCAGUCAAGGGUGGUAAUAAAAAGGUACCAGAAAAAUUAAUUCAAGAAAAUGAUCAAGUUACCUUAAAACAUUCAGCUGUCAAAAAAGUUCGUAAAUCUAUUUUGAAUGACAAAGUCAAGUAUGAAAUCACUUAUACUGAAAUAGAUAAAGAAACUGACUCUACUUCAGAAUAUGACAUUGUUAUUAUUGCUGCUCCUAUGACUAAUGAUCAUUUCAGUUCUGUUAUAUUUGAGGGCUUUGAUGAUGAUUUAACAUUUUCAGGAACAUAUCAAACUACAAUAGCAACGUUUGUCUCUGGUGAAGUUGAUUUUUCUUACUUUGAUCUAGAUGAAGAUAUUCAAGGAAUUAUGAGUUGUGAACCUGAAAAAACUAUUAUCAGUUCAAUUGGUAAACUAUCCUCUGUUGAAGGAACUAAGAAUCCUAAGACUAAUAUAUGGAAAAUCUUUAGUAGAAAAAAACUGAAUCAAACCUUACUGAAUAAAAUGUUCAAAAAUAUUGAAGAAAUUCAAGAAAUCAGUUGGAAAGCUUAUCCUAAAUAUUCAUCAUCGUUGAGGCUGGAUAAGUUUAAACUUGAUGACGCAAUGUAUCAUGUAAAUGCAAUUGAGUGGGCAGCAAGUGCAAUGGAAAUGAGUGCUAUUGGUGGACGAAAUGUUGCUAUCUUAGCUUACAAUGAUUACAAAAGAAUUUGUUCUGCAGUCAACACUAUUACAACAACUACGACUGCUUCCUCAGAAUUAUAAUGAUAAUUUUGAUGAAAUAAUUCAACCAUUUCUACCUUACCAAUCGUACUUGACACAUACAAGCGCAGUAUUUAUUGCUGUAAUGUGACUGUGUGUACCGUCGAUAUGUUGUGACAUAUAUAUAUUUGUAUAUUGGUAUAUUGGUUUUGUAGCAAGUGUCUCAAAUAUGCAUCUAAUACAUGUACUUGAAAAAUAGUAUUUGUGCUAUUAUAUAGGAAGUCUGGUCAAUAAAUAUUCCAUUGGGUGUAUAAGCAUAUAAAUCAAAGAAUCGGCUGGCCAAGAUGUCCAGGAGAAAUCACAUCAGGCCUCUGAUUCCCGAUCUGAAGGGGGGUUAUCGACGCACCAGAUUCUCAAGUCCCAACGAAAUUCCGUCAUUGUUGAGCGGACCAGUCAUCAGAGGGCCGGCGCCAAUGAGAAAGCCACCCGAGAGAUACGGCUACGAUUCCGAGGAUGAAUUUCCUGCAGAAUCCAGGGCGGCCUCUCUUGCUCCUCCGCUGCCGCCGCUGCGUAAUUUUCCCCGUCGCGCGAGCCGCUUUCAUCCUUACGAAAAUAUCAGCCGCUUCUCCCGCCUAGAGGCGGAAAGAUCGAGCCCCUCAAAAUCAAAAGAAAUACCGUCGUUGCUUGACCCGAACGUGCAAAUGAAACCACCGCCUCUGAUACCCCCCGCCACGGUGCGAAAAUUGCGAGAGUCGCUUCGAGCCAUCGAGGCUGGCGAUAAUUUUGGCGAGAGAUACGCUGGCCCCUCGUCUCGAAUGAGCGAUUACGCCAGAGAAGAGCAGGAGACCAAACAAACCAUCGAAGAAAUUAUCAAGGUGGCCCAAGCGCUCAAGGAACAGCUCUCGCGCGAGGACGCUAGUCAGCGAGUUCCCCACCUAGACGACGAGUCCGAGAGAGACUCGUGCGACGAAUCGUCAUCUCCCAGUCGUUUCUCCGGAGGCAGGCCCUUCGCGAAAACCCGACAAGAUACGCCUAGGCCGCGACCCGAUCCCUCCAAGCUUCCGCGACUGAUGGACUUGAAGCCGAAAAUACCGAGUCUCCUCGACAUACGCAUCGGUCUACCAACGCCGCCUCCUCCCAUCGCGGACAAUUUUAGGGAAAAUAUCGUGCCGGCCGCGAGAAAUUAUCUGACUUAUAACGACCGAUCGCAGGAAAACUGCUGGAAUUGCAAUGAGAGGGGCCAUUAUUACGAGGAGUGCGGCAUUCCCAGAAGAAGACGAUUUUGUUUUCAAUGCGGCCAGACCGGAGUCGACGCUUUCUCUUGUACUCGUUGCAAUUUAAACUAGAGACAUUAACAGACUGCAUUAAUUUUAAGCCUUAUUAGAAAGUAUAUAAAAAGCCCUUAUGAGAGAAUUUUGGGUCAACGCAAAUGUUGACGAAUCUAUUAGAUUUAAAAUUAUUUUUCAUCGAGUUGUAUGAAAAAAUACUCUACAUCGCAAGAACUAAUCCUGUGAAUUUCGUUAGCUUAGGAGUUUGUAAGGUGGUUAAACCUCACAGUACAUGAUCAUAGUCAUUAAAUUUUCGUAUUUACAAUUGCACCUAUUUUACAUUUAAAACUUUAAAUUGUUUAAAAUAUAAUUCUGAAUGAUUUAAUCCUUGUUACAGAAUACGAACUUGAAAUUAGUACUCUAGUUGAGACGAACUGACAUAUUUGUUAUUGUGUUAAAUUUUCUGGAAUCACAUAAUUAUUAUGUAUUUACUUUUCUCGUAUUUGUUGUCAGGAUAUUUAUAAAUUACUAUUAAUAACUGUGCCUAUUAUAAUUCAAUGCUAGCCUAUAAUAGUUGCAUUACGUUAUGGUAAUUUUGGUGAUUUUCUUCCAUCUGAUCAAACUCAAUUGAUCAAUAAUGCGAAGUUACUUCAAUAAACUAGUGAGCUUUCAUUUCUACUAAUAGAGACAUUAUCGAUGAUAUAUUUUGCUUUACAAUCAAUGAAAAUGAUUUAUAAAUUUUCAUGUUACAAAUUAUUUAUUGUAACAAUUUGGCAGGCAUAGUGUAGUUAGUACAUUCCUAAAUGAAGCGAGAAUGUAUACUAACGAUAUCCUGCUGUUUUGCACAAAUGUAAAU